UCACCACCGGUUCAACCGGUUAACCAAUGAAUGGAGACGGGGAGGAAACACUGACCGAUAGUUUUCUUUUUCUACAUUGCUUUCCUCUUUCUGGCAGCAACUUGGUUUAUAAAUGCCAUGUAGUCGCAGCUGUGAGUGGAUCUAAAUCCCCAAACAGUUCCGCAGCUAGAAAAACCGGACCGACCACCGCGGCUAUCUCUCCUUUCCUCGGCUCGCUCCGCCGUUAACGUUAACUUCCCGGUGUUUGCUCUGACCGGGAGAAGCUACAGAAAUGUCCGACAACGGUGGCUCGGCUGUUCUGUCUUACGAGACGCUGGUUCACGCUGUUGCAGGUGCAAUGGGGAGUGUGACAGCUAUGACCGUCUUCUUUCCUUUGGACACAGCCAAAAGCAGACUGCAGGUGGAUGAGGAGCGAAAAUCUAAAUCUACCCCCGUCAUCCUGGCUGAAAUAGCGAAGGAAGAAGGCCUUCAGUCUUUGUACAGAGGCUGGUUACCAGUCAUCUCCAGCCUCUGCUGCUCCAACUUUGUCUACUUCUACACCUUCAACACACUGAAGAAGCUGAUGGCAUCCGGUCCAGGCAAGUCCAGCCCCAGCAAAGACCUGCUCAUGGGGGUCAUGUCAGGGGUGGUGAAUGUGAUCCUGACCACUCCCAUGUGGGUGGUCAACACUCGCCUGAAGCUGCAGGGAGCAAAGUUCAGAAAUGAAGACCUCCAGCAGACCCAUUACAGGGGCAUAUUUGAUGCUUUCUCACAGAUUAUAGCCAUUGAGGGUGUGGGAACUCUGUGGAACGGCACUCUGCCCUCUCUCAUCCUCGUCCUCAACCCGGCCGUACAGUUCAUGUUUUAUGAGGCCAUGAAGAGGAAGGCAGGGAAAGGAGGGAAGAAGAUAUCCUCAGCAGAAAUCUUUCUCAUUGGAGCCAUUGCCAAGGCCAUUGCUACCACCGUGACAUAUCCUCUUCAGACAGUUCAGGCCAUCCUGAGGUUUGGCCAGUACAAACGUGACGGUAAGGGCGGCGUGAUCGGAAGCCUCUCAAACAUUUUCUCCCUCCUCAUGGACAGAAUCAAGAGGUAUGGUGUUCUGGGUUUAUACAAAGGCCUGGAGGCCAAGCUGCUGCAGACUGUACUGACAGCUGCCCUCAUGUUCGUUGUGUACGAGAAGAUCACUGGUGCUACCUUCAAAGUCAUGGGCCUUAACAAGAAACUGAAGCAGUGAAUACACGCUCCCUUGAAUACAGUAAUGCAUUAGUACCACCAGUAUGUUCUGUCAACGCCUCAGAUGAUGUGCUUAUAUCCAGGAAUUGUUUCAGCCACAUAAAGGUUGUAAUAAGAGGUGGGAUUGGUGCCUUUGGGGCCACAGAUUCCCACACUUGCUUAAAACAUACACAAUAACCAGAUCUGGGUGUAACACCUAAUCCCCUUGCUUUCUUUAACUGGGUCCAUUUGUGCAGACGGACCUUUGAUUUUCUCCACUGGUGAAUCCAUGUUGCGAUGGAUCACAGUGAUCUUGCAGGAGCUUAAUUUAGUUUGAUUUUCAUACCAACCUUCUCAUCAAAAUCUUGGCAAUAAAGUGAAUGAGCUUUUUUUUUUUAUUUGUUAUUUUUUUUUUCAAAAGAGGAGACCAAUAAUUUAGCUACUUAGCGAGGUAUUGCCUUGAUCUAACUUAACUAGCUACUGGACCACUGUUCACACACUCUUAUGUUAUAACUGAAUUUAAAUGAGUUUGAUUGAAACCCUCAUGAAAAGUCCUGCCAGAUAAAUGUAAUGAAAACAAUAACUGAAAGGGAGAAAGUGCAGAGCUUGCAUUCAUAUUUAUCGAUCUGUGUGUAAAAUCUGCACCUUCCCAGCUCAGCAAUGUUUUUAUUUUAACAUUUAUAAUAUAUUAGGUAAAAUUAAUUUAAUAUAAAUGCCAAUGAGCACUUAAUCCAUCAGUCUGAGAGUAAAGAUUACAUGUGUACAAAUACUGCAAAAGGUGCUACAUGCCUCUACAUCUGAUCAUGAAAAACUGUACUAUGAACUGAUGUAAGUGCUUUAAAAUGACUGUAAAUGAUUUACACAAACCCAUGAUCCACAGAUCUCUAUUGUCUUCAUGAUUGUAUUGGUCAGUAUGAGCAUUUUGUCACACAGGUGUCUUCCAUUAUUUACCUCAGUGUCUUGUAUCGUGUAGUCAGGGCUUGCAGUAAUUUACAGUACUUGUUUAUCACAGUGCUCUUUUUCUGAUUUGGUAAAUGUAAGUUUCUGCUGGUUCUCAGCUUAAAACUGUGUGUGACAAAGCAGGAAGCACUGAACAAAUAAAAUGUCAGGUGAGACUGGAGAACCAAAUCUUUAAUAGUUUAGGAGACCAAAGCUGGUGAAUAUGUUGCUGUUAGUUAUAAAACAAUGGCAAAGCAGUGACACAUUUGGACAACAGUAUGCUACACCAUGGGUAUUAAUUAAUGUCUUCUUCAUAACUGCCUUGACUUUUUAUUUGCUCCCAAUGACAGGACAUCACAUUGCUGAAAUGUUUUGUUUUAACAGUUUACAUGAACAUACUGCUUAUACAAUACUUGAAGUCAUCUUCAUUCAAUUACACAACUUUGUUUUAACAUAUAAAGUCUUUUCUAAUUUAAUUUCAUUUGACAUAGCACUGUUUGUGGUUCCAUUUAUUGGAAUAACAAUGGAAUAAUAAAGUUUGACAAACCAUA